AUGGUCAAGAUCUUUCAACAUACAUUUAAAUACGAAUAUAACUGGGAUAGCGUGACUUUAGCUUUUUGGUUACGAUAUCCUAAUCCUUUUGCCUCACACGUUGAAAGCGUUGAUGUGAUAGAUAGGUAUGUUGAUCCGAACACUGGUGUAUUAAGAACUACAAGAUUAAUCUUGAAACGAGGUGUUUUGCCAAAAUGGGGAAGGGGGACCCAAACGAUGAUUACACUUACGAAAAAUAUAACACACGCACGUCUAAUGCAAGUUGAAGAGUGGCAAACUUUUAGAGUUGACCCUAAUAAUCGCGAAUUCACUCAAGUUAAAACUGAAGCCAGGGUAAUUAGUAAUUUUGGAUGGGGAUUAACGGAUCGAGUUGAAGGUUUUGGAAUAAAAAAAUUUGCAGAUAGCGCCACAAAGAGUAGGAAAGGAAUGUCACAUGUAUUAGAAAUGAUUCGCGAAAAACAAUUAUUGCGUGGUCGAGGAUUUUUGACAACUUAG